GGUGAGGGAGCAAGUGUUUACUCGAACUGACCAGGAAUAUAGCGCUUAUAUGGAAGAUGAUUCUGGAGGAAGGGGGUUACUGGCGGACAAGAUGUGUUGGCUCUGUAUUAUCAGCCCACGGCUGCACACUCGGCUGAUCUCUGGACCCUCAGAUUGAGCAACACCACAAGAGACAGGCAGCUUCAAAAUCAGUCAGAAACAAAGGCAGCAGAGAGGGAAGACGUGAAUCAAAGAGAGCCAAAGGAACACAAAAAAAAAAAAAAAAAAAAAAAAGGAAAGAGCGACACUCAGCAGCAGGCUGAGUUUUAACAGUGGGGCGAGGGAAAAGGGCUGUCGUAUAAUAGAGUUAAACAUUACCUCUGAGCGGAACAAUGGUGGAGAGAACUUUUUAUUUAGGGUUUUGGGGAGGAGUAUGAAAGAUUUGCGAGGACGGGGGAAGGGGGGGAGGUGGGGGAUCGGAGUCAGGAGUCCAGCAAGGAGUAAUUGUGGUGACAGCCAGUGCAAGGAGACAAGGACUCAUGUGAGACACAGAGGAGUAAAAAUAUAGGGACAGAGAGAAGGAACAGAGAGGGACCGGCACACCCCAAACUGGACUUCAGUAUGGGUGUUAAGAGCAAGGCUGCUGCUGCUAUCUUAGUCCUGCUGCUGUUCCUCGGCUCCCUGUGGCUCCAGGGAGGUUUGGAUUACCAGUGGGAUUCUUGUUUAAAAGGUUAUAAUCAGGUGAACACGCUGCACCAGCUGUAUAACAGCAGCGAGGCCGAUGGGGCUGAGGGCCCCCAGGUCAUAGAGGGGUGCCCUGGUCAGACCUUCCAGGUGUCACUGCUGCUCUCCCACCUGCUGGCUGCUCCGGCCUACACCUCGGACGUGCGGCUGCAGCCAUAUUUGUCCAGCUGGGAUGAGCUUGUGAGGUUUAUGGAGGCGCUGGGCCCGAUGGUGGGACUGAUAUCUAAAGAGAUAGAAAGCAAGACUACCAUAAUCCGUCAACUGGCCCUGUUGUCAGAAGGGAACCCUGAAGCAGAGCUGGGCCCAGAUAUACACUCCAUAAACGGUGUGAGCGCAGAGGACGGGGCAAAGAACAAUCAGGAGCUCUCACAGCACACUGGCGCUUAUCACUCUGUGCGCUCCAUGAUCUGGGUGGAGCUGAACCGAGGACUUGUGGACUUCCACCACCAGACGGAAUCUGGAUGCCGGACUCUUCUGCGUCUGCAUCGUGCUCUACUUUGGCUGAAGCUCUUCCUGGAGAAGCUGGCCGAGACGCCGGUGGCCGGCCGGCUGAGGAGCCCCUCAGAGCUGUGCCGAGAGGCCUACCAGAGCACCCUCGCCAACCACCACACCUGGUUCGUCCGCAGGGCCGCCGAGCUGGCCUUCAUUGCCAUGCCAGAGCGGGGCUUCUUCUUCAGGCUGGUGUGUGUGCAGAGCCAGGAGGAGAUGAACACGGUGCUGAACAGAGUGGUUCAGUCCAUUGGGGAGGUUUAUGACAGGACGCAGAAAGCCCUGGAGGAAAAUAACAUGCUGGACUUACCAUAAAAAAAGACUUGACCAUAUUUGCACUGUCCUCAUGGUUUCCUGGGCAUCACACGUAAACAUCUAGCUAAAACACGUGGUGGAAACAUCUCCAGGAAACAUGAAUAAACUUUUUCCAGCUAAAAUUCACACAUGCCAUAUCCCCCCCCUCCCCCCAACCAAAGCGCUGCGUCAACAAUCAACUGAUACUGAAAGACAGUUUGCUUUCGGCCUGUGGCCAUUCUUUGCUACAUUUUAUGAGAUCAUGACUCGCCUACUCACCUUAAAGGCAUUUUUAAGACAGCUGAUGCAUUCAGGUUGGCUAAACACAGACUGUGAAUUAUUUAAGCAGGUGCACAUAAUAACAUGGGUACCACACACUUAAAGCAACCCUUUACAACACCACUGCUAUAAAUACAGCAUUUUGUUAAGCUUAUAAUGUUCUUCAGCAGUGAUUUUGUAAUGGAUUGCAUCAGAUUGUAGAGUUCAUGUUUUUUUUACAUUUCAAAUUCUAUUAAAAAUGGCUGCUGUUUUAAUUGUAGCUAAUGCUUGGUGAUUUAAUAUGCUACCUCCGAAGCUGGCUUUGUCCAGAUGCCUUGUAGCCUUUAAACUGGGACCAAUCUAUCCUGAUUAAAGAGGUAUUACACAAAGAAAAAUCAACAUGUGCCGAACAAAGGACUAAAUGGUGCUUCAUAGCGUGUGAGUGUGAAAUACAUUUCUCUGUUAUAUAUUGUAAAUUUUUCUAUCUUGUUUAGAAUUAUUAAAUAUCUUUAAAAAAAAGAAUCCACAUGCUUAUUUUCUGACGUAGUUUGGUCCAUGUGAUAACUUUGACAUUUAAAUGCCAAUGAAUGAACUGUGUAAUUUCAUCCACCAUCCAGCAGAGGUUCCGUUGCUCUGCUACAGACUAAUCUUCACCUACUAUCAUCAUGGUGGACAUAAUCUGCUCUGUGUGACACUCUUACCUGGACACAUUUU